CCUGAUUCGAACUUGAAACAACAACGCUCUGUGAAAAUGCUUUCUCUUUCCGAUGCGAUGAUUUCGAAGAUCGUCGAUGAUCCUGCUUAUCGUUCCAAGCCUACAGAGGAGAGCGGACUCUCUGCUAGUAUGGUGUGUGUUAUACGUCCUGGACCAAACCAAGGAUACACGAUGGGUUUUAAGCAUGUCUUCUAUCUGAAGGCAUCGUUGACGGCGGUGGUUGCCCUGAUUGGCAUCGCAUGAUUCAGUUCAUCAUCAACGUCCACCAGAUGCCCAGUAUGUGUGGUGUCUGGCCGGCCAUUUGGGUAUGCCUUCGUUCAUUUAUUCUGCGUGAGGCUAGAUACUCAUCAUUUC